AAACAAAUCCCACUAUCUUUUUCGCUUUCUUCUUCUUCUUCUAUAUAUAACCCAAGAAGAAGAAGCUUUGCUUUUCCUACUCUUCUAAUCUUUUCUACAACUGUACGUACAGUGAAUCCACACAACUAAAUUAAAGCUUUCUGUUUUAAUUUCUGUCUCUUUUUUCCCCCUCCAAAAUGGGUCCUUCUUGUAGACGAAGAAAGCCCAAAAGGUCAAGAAAAUCCACGGCGUUUAAAUCUUCGCCGCCGCCGUCCAAGGCGGCGGCCUCUGAGGAUUCGGCGAAGAACGGCGGCGAUCAUGAAGGGGACGGCGGCGGCGGCAUAGGAGCUGCGGAUGACGUGUGCUCGACGCCGAAAGCGGAGAGGUUUCGGAUUCCGGCGAUGGACACGUGCCCUCCGGCGCCGAAGAAGCGGAGGGUGAUGACGAGUUGGCCGCCGCCGUCGUUGCGGCGGAGUAGUAAUACUCCGCCCGUCGCGUUCUUUGCUCCGCCGGAUAUCGAGCUCUUCUUUUACUUCGCGCUUCGCGGCGGCGUCUCAGUUUGAAUAUAAUGCUAAGAAAGAAAAGCAGUACUCAUGUUAAUUAGCUUUAAUGGAAUAACAAUCUUUUUUUUUUUUUUUUCAUUUGAUCAUUGACUAGUUGUGUGAGAAUGAGGUUUUGUUGAUGAUUAUUGAGUGAGAAUAGAAUAGAAGCAAGUUUUAGCCCCUUUUUUGCUUGUGCUAAUUUGUUUGUUUAGAUUAUUAUUUCUCUUUAUUGCUUGUUUAAUUUGUGUGUAGGACAUACUACAUUUUAAAUAUCUUAAUGUAGUGCUGACUUUUGGGUCU